AUGGGCAAUAAGCAGACAGUUUUCACUCCGGAACAGCUCGAAGCAUAUCAGGAUUGUACCUUCUUUACAAGAAAAGAAAUUCUGAGGCUGUUUUAUCGUUUUCAGGAUCUUGCUCCUCAGCUGGUUCCUCUUGACUACAAUACCAAUCCUGAUGUGAAGGUGCCAUAUGAAGUCAUCAGCAGCAUGCCUGAGCUAAAGGAUAACCCAUUCCGUGAGAGGAUUGCUCAAGUCUUUUCUCAGGAUGGGGAUGGGAACAUGACCUUGGAUGAUUUUCUGGACAUGUUUUCUGUGAUGAGUGAAAUGGCUCCUAGAGAUCUAAAAGCAUAUUAUGCAUUUAAAAUUUAUGAUUUUAACAACGAUGACUAUAUCUGCCCAUCGGACCUGGAGAUGACAGUGAACAAGCUUACUCGAGGUGAGCUGACUCCUGAGGAAGUUGGCCUUGUAUGUGAGAAGGUGAUUAAUGAAGCUGAUGUGGACAACGAUGGCAAACUCUCUCUGGAUGACUUUCAAAACAUGAUUCUACAUGCACCAGACUUCCUCAGUACCUUUCACAUCCGAAUCUGAAGUGUAGCUGGCAAGCCUGGCCCAGCUUGGCCCUCCCUGGUCUACUGUAUUUCCAGUAUCAGCCCCCAUCUCUCUGUCCCUACAACUGGAUCUGUUCACCCCAGUCAUGAUCCUGGUGCCCCAUUCUUCUAUAUAACCAGCUAGGCUCGACUCAGCCAUGGUUUCAGUGUCCUAUCCAUUCCCAAUAUCUACUCAGUCAGACUGCUUGUGAUCUAGUACUCUUUGACCCUAGAAUUAUUUAUAUAUUUAAUAUUUAUAUUUAUAUAAUUUAAUAUAUAUAAUGAUAUAACUAACCUUGCCUGAUUUAGUCAAUAUUCCAGAUUAACCAUGAGGCCAGAACUCUGCCCAUCUAUCCCCUAUAAUUAUCCCUGCUCAGCCUAGAUGUGAUCUCAGCUUGCCAUGCUUUCCCCUAACCAACUUGUCCUGAUUUAGCUUGUCCCAAUGUCCUAUUUAUUUCAGUGAUCUGGUUAACCCGGUCAUGGCUCUAGAUCUCCAUUCUUCCCUGUGACCAGCUUGAUCUAGCCCAUUGUCCUAUCCAUCCCUCCAGCUAUUCUUUCUUGGUCUAAUCAUGACCUUAAUUUCCCAUUCUUUCCCAUGACAUCCUUCUGGCCCAGAUAUGAAGCCACUAUCUCAUUAGAAUGUAAACCCAGAGGACAAGGGCUAUUUUUAUAAUUUUUGCUUUUAUAUCCUUAGCACCUAACACAGUGUAUAGUACAUG